AAGCUGACUCAGGACCCGCACGAGCUGAUGCGCCUGACAAGGUGGACGAGGGGCACGGACAUAUUCUCAAAGGAUUUCAUCGUCAUCCCCUUCCACGAAGAGUACGCCCCCCUGUUGCUCUCGCCAUCUUUGGCCUCUCUGCCCGCGUCUGCCCGUCUCUGCCUGCCUUAGCCCAUCCCUUCCCCUCUCUUGUCGUUGUCGGCAAGGACGUGAGGAAGGCGCACCUCUCUACCCCCAUGCCCUUACGCACGCCCGCUCCCCACUUGAUCCCCAAUAACCUUUCAAUCCCUCAGGUUUCGCAGCCAUUGGAGCCUGGCUAUCAUAUGCUUUCUCAGCAAGGAUGCGGUUCAGGAGAAAACAGCAGAGAAACGCGAGGAGCGGCUAGGCUAAGGGAAGAGGGCACGGGGGGCAAUAGGAAGGGGAGGGGCAAUGGGGGGAAGAGGGGGGAGAGGGGCAAAGGGGGCAUCGGGGGUAAUGGGAGUGUGGGGAGGGGGAGGGGGAAGGUGGGCGCUUUCCAGAAGAUUCCUAAAGGAAGGAGGGCGAAUCUGAAGAGAAGCAGGGCGGACAUGAAAGGAAGGGGGGUGAGUAUGCAAGGAAGAGGGUGGCUUGGGCAAAGCAGGGAAGUGAGAGCAUUAUUGGAAGGUGGGAGAAGGAGUGCGGCUAGUGAGAGAGGUGCUGACGUGGCAGAGGAGGGUCAGGAGGGUGGCAAUAAGGGCGAUGGGAAGGGGAGAGGCAGCACUGCUGGCAGAGUGAGGAGGCUUGCUGACGUGGCAGAAGUUGCAGUGUCGGUGGAGGGAGGAGAGGAGGAGGAGGAGGAGGAGGAGGAGGAGGAGGAGGAGGAGGAGGAAGAGGAGGAGGAGGAGGAGGAGGAGGAGGAGGAGGAGGAGGAGGAGGAGGAGGAGGAGGAGGAGGAGGAAGAGAAGGGCGAAGGUGGAAGGGAGGGGGUUGGGGAGGAGGAGGGGUCUGGGAAGGAGAGGCGAGGGGAGGGAGGGAAAAGUGCGAGAGUUGCGAGUGUGAACCAGUUGGUCAACCACCAUCCUGGUGAUUCUGACAGGGGAAGUCAAGAGAGAGUCACUACCAGGGGUACCAAGCAGUUUGCUGGUAAUAGUCCUCACCGUGCGAGGGUGUUGAACCAGGAUGUUAAUAUUCCUGGUGAGAGGGUGUUGAGUGUGCAGGGCAGUGAUCUUUUGAGACGUCUCAAUAGUCGUCACGGUGGGAGGGUGCUGAGCCAGGAUGUGGAACCAGGUGUGAAUGGUUCCGGUGGGAGGGUGCUGAGCCAGGAUGUGGAACCAGGUGUGAAUGGUUCCGGUGGGAGGGUGCUGAGCCAGGAUGUGGAACCAGGUGUGAAUGGUUCCGGUGGGAGGGUGCUGAGUGUGCAGGGCGGUGAUCUUCCCAGUCCCAAGGUGCGUGGUGGCAGGUCGUUUGUGAAACGCAGGCGGUUGGAUGCGGUUGAUAGGGAUGGUGCGAUGCGUGAUGGGUCCGGGGAUAGCGCAGUGGGCUUGGGCGGCAUGGGUGGCGUGGGUGGUGUGGGUGGUGUGGGUGGUGUGGGUGGUGUGGGUGGUGUGGGUGGUGUGGCUGGUAUAGGUGAUGGUAUGGUGUGGGGUGUGAGGAAGCAGCUGCAAACACGCAGCAGGGCGAGGGGUAAGGCGAGAGGAGGAGCGCCAAGGGAGGAUGAGGGGGAGAAGGAGAAGGAGGAGGGGGAGAAGGAGGAGGAGGGGGAGAAGGAGAAGGAAGAGGGGGAGAAGGAGGAGGAGGGGGGGAAGGAGGAGGAGGGGGAGAAGGAGAAGGAGGAGGGGGAGAAGGAGGAGGAGGGGGAGAAGGAGGAGGAGGAGGAGGAGGAGGAGGAGGAGGAGGAGGAGGAGGAGGAGGAGGAGGAGAAGGAGGAGUGGGAGAAGGAGGAGGAGGGGGAGAAGGAGGAGGAGGAGGAGGAGAAGGAGGAGAAGGAGGGGAUUGGUGGUGGUGCAAAGGGGGUGAUAGACGUUGGUGGGAGCAGAGGAGUGGAAAGGCGUGGAGGGGCUGAUGAUAGUGUGGCGGGUCGAGAGGGCGGAGGAGAGAGUGGAGGAGGGGGUGGAGGAGGGGGUGGAGGAGAGAGUGGAGGAGAGGGUGGAGGAGAGGGUGGAGGAGGGGAAAUGGGGGAUGUGGAAGGGAGGUGUGCAGGGGUGGUUAGUGUGGUUGGAGAAGGGUGUGCGAAGGAGGGGGGAGUGAAGGAGGAAGGUAAUGAGGAAAGGGAGGAAGCGGAGGAGGGACGGAAAGAGGGAGAGAAGGAGGAAGGGAAGGAGGGAAGAAAGGAGGGAGGGAAGGAGGGAGGGAAGGAGGGAGGGAAGGAGGGAGGGAAGGAGGGAGGGAAGGAGGGAGGGAAGGAGGGAGGGUUGCAGGAGCAUGUGGGGGUGGGAAUUAGAAGUGAGGGUGGGGGGAUGGUAAAGGAAGGCAUGAGGCUUGAGCGGGACGAUGUGAGGGGAGUGUGGAGGCUUGGUGGUGGCGAGAAAGAGGCAAGAAAGAGUUUGGAUAGGCAAGUGGAAGGAGGCAAAGCCGGGGAGGAGAGGGGAGUGGUAGGAGGGGAGGGUGGUGGGGAGGGAGAGGGGUUUAAAGAUGAAGCGAGAGAGGAGGGGGUUGCUGGAGAGAAGGGAAGUCUAGGAGAGGAAGGAGGUGCAGGAACGGAGGAAGCUGUAGGAGAGGAGGGAGAAGGUACUGGAGUGGACAAAGGCUGCAGUUCUAAAGAGGAAACUAUUGGAGGGGCGGACAGCAAAGAAGGGGGGCGAAGGGGGGAACGAGGGGAAAUGAUUACAAGGGAUGAUUGGAAGAAAGGGGUAGAAGGGGAGGGAGGGGUGAGUGGGGGGGAGGAGGUUGGGAUGGUUGAAGGAGAGGUAAGGAGUGGCGAUGGGGAAGAUCAAGUCCAGGGAGUUGUGGUUGUAGAGGAGGGGAGAGGAGAGGGGAAAGGGGAAGUGGGAGUGUUGGGGGAUGAGGAGGAGGAAGGAGAGAAGGAGGAAUUGGAGGGGGGAAAGGAGGGGGGAGAGGAAGGGGGAGGAGGGGCGAGAGAGGAGCGGAGAGAGGAAGGGGGGGGAGAGGCGAGAGAGGAGGGGAGAGAGAAGAGGAGAGAGGAGGGACGAGAGGAGGGGAGAGAGGAGGGGCUAGAGGAAGGGAGUGAGGUGAAAUAUGGAAAAGAGGAGGAGGAAUCCGAGAAGAUGGAAGGGAAUGAGGAAGAGAAAAGAGGAGAGGAAAGAGGAGAUGGAAGAGGAGAGAAAAGUGGAAGGUGGAGAGAAAGAGAAAGUGUGGGAGAAAGAGGAAGAGAAAGAGGAGAGGAAAGGGGAGAGGAAAGGGGAGAGGAAAGGGGAGAGGAAAGGGGAGAGGAAAGGGAGAGGAAAGGGGAGAGGAAAGGGGAGAGGAAAGGGGAGAGGAAAGGGGAGAGGAAAGGGGAGAGGAAAGGGGAGAGGAAAGGGGAGAGGAAAGGGGAGAGGAAAGGGGAGAGGAAAGGGGAGAGGAAAGGGGAGAGGAAAGGGGAGAUGACAGAAGAGGGGAAAGGGGACAGGGAAGAAGAGAAGGAAGAGGAGGUGAAAGAGGAGAGGGAAGACGAGAGGAAAGAGGAGAGGAAAGAGGAGAGGAAAGAGGAAAGGAAAGAGGAGAGGAAAGAGGAGAGGAAAGAGGAGAGGAAAGAGGAGACGAAAGAGAGGAAAGAGGAGACGAAAGAAGAGAUGAAAGAGGAGAGCAAAGAAGAAAUUAAAGAGGAAAGGAAAGAGGAAAGGGAAGCAGAGAGGGAAGAGGAGAUGAAAGAGGUGAAAGGGUGGAGGAAAAAAGAGAGCAAAGAAGAGGGCAAAGAGGAGAGGAAAGAGGAGAGCAAAGAGGAGAGGAAAGAGGAGAGGAAAGGGGAGAGGAAAGGGGAGAGGAAAGGGGAGAGGAAAGGGGAGAUGACAGAAGAGGGGAAAGGGGACAGGGAAGAAGAGAAGGAAGAGGAGGUGAAAGAGGAGAGGGAAGACGAGAGGAAAGAGGAGAGGAAAGAGGAGAGGAAAGAGGAAAGGAAAGAGGAGAGGAAAGAGGAGAGGAAAGAGGAGAGGAAAGAGGAGAGGAAAGAGGAGAAGAAUGAGAGGAAAGAGGAGAAGAAAGAAGAGAUGAAAGAGGAGAGGAAAGAAGAAAUUAAAGAGGAAAGGAAAGAGGAAAGGGAAGCAGAGAGGGAAGAGGAGAUGGAAGAGGAGGGGACUCGUGAGGGCAGUCGCGAAAUGACUCGUGAGGGCGUUGGUGCUGCUUCUAUUGCUGUGGUUCUUUGGGAGAAGUGUGAAGUGGGGCACGGCAGUGAGGGCGGAAAGUCGGUGGUGUUUGAGUCCAGCCCAGAGGCUGAGUGGAUGAAGAGGAGCAAGGAGCCGUUGGAUCCCAAGAAGCCGCUGCAAUCUGGGCCGUUCAGCAAAGUGCGCGGGAAGAAAGUCAAGGUGCCAGCACAGGACAACGACUAUGACUGCGGUUGUUUCAUCCUCUGCUACAUUCAGAAGUUUGCUCAGAUGGCUGCUGCUCUCCCACGCUCUGCUGAUGGCGUCGCAGAUAAGCUGAGCAACGACUGGUUCGAGGCGUGUGAAGCAUCCUCUCUGCGCCGACGGCUCUUCUCCAUCGUGGCCGGCAUGCUGCUGCCUCAACAUCCCCCGCCGCAACCCCUCUCACCCCCUUCUCAACCACUCUCAACCCCUUCUCAACCCAUCGCACCACCUUCUGAACCGAUCUCCCUUCCUUCACCUGCCUCGCCGGCCCUGCCCAUCUCUCUGCCUCCACCUGCCUCCGUUCCGUCUCCUGCUCUUCCACCUGCUAUUUGUGCCGUUGCGGCUAGUGCACUGAAACCCACCACAGCAGCAGCGGCACGAGCAGCAACAGCCGCAGCAGCGGAAGCAGCAGCAGCUGGAGCAACAGCAGCAGCAGCAGCAGCAGCAGCAGAAGAAGAACAAGAAGCAACAGCGGCUGGAACAGCAGAGAAAGAAGCAGAAGCAGAGCAAACAGCAACAGCAACAGCAGCAAAAGAAUCAUCAGCGGGAGCAGCAGGGAAGGAAGCAGCAGCAGCAGGUGCAGCCAUCAAGGCGAAGAGGGGCAGAGGCAGACCGCGCAAGCAAGUGGAGGAGGACACAGUCAGCCCCGUUGAUGCACUUUUUGCUGAUGUGUGCACUAUUGAGUCUACUCAAAAGGUGACUGUUGAGUCAACUCAAAAGCAAGUGGAGGAGGACGCAGUUAGCCCUGCUGAUGCACAUUCCGCUGAUGUGGGUACAGCUGGUGCAGGUGUUACUGCCGCAUCUGAUGCUGAUGAUGCUGGUGCCAACUGGAUGGCUCGUCCAGAGUCCAUACAAGAAGCAGAUGUGGGUGCAGCUGGUGAAGGUACAGCUGGUGAAGGUACAUCUGGUGAAGGUACAGCCGGUGCCGAGGCUGGGACUGAGGCUGGGACUGAGGCUGGGACUGAGGCUGGGACUGACGCUGCGGCUGAGACUGAGGCUAGGGCCAAGGCUGAGGCUGGGGCCGAGGCAGUGGCUGGGGCCACUGGCGGUACAGUUGGGCUGGAUGCUGCGUGCAGAGAGCAGUAUGCUGCUCGCAUGGCAGGGAAUAUGGAGCAAGUUGACACCCAAGGUGACAAUCAAGGCGACACCCAAUUUGACACCCGAAAUGGCACCAGAGGUGGCACUGAAGGCGACACCCAAGGCGGCAGCAGAGAGAGCGGUGAAGCGCUGGUGGUGUUUGGCAAGGAGCCGUGGCCUGCUUGGCCCUGGCGUGCUUCUGAGCCCGUGGGUCACACUAGGCUCUCGUCCCUCUGGCCAUGGCGUGCCUCUGAGCUUUCUACAUGCCACGGGACUCACUCCCUGCUGCGCUGGCCUGUCAUGUCUGUAGAUUCUGGUGGUGGUGCCUGUGAUGGUGCUGCUGCUAGUGGUGGAGGUGCUUAUGUUUGUGCUGCUGGUGGUGAUGGUGACUAUGAUGGUCGUGCUUUUGCGCCGCCGGAUGUGCAAGAAUCGGCGCCAGUGCUGGUUGCAGUCGUUUGGCAACCGGUGGACGACACGAGUCAACAUCCACAUGAAAGGAGUGCUGGCGGGGAGGGUGUUACACAACCUUUCAGGAGCGUCAAAGGUCAACAUCCACAUGAAAAGAGUGCAGGCGGGGAGAGUGUGACACAGCCAGGUGUAGGGAGGGAUGCUGAUGGGUUGGCAGGAGUUGCGGUGGAGGGGAAAGAGCGAGAUGGAGCGGAAGGGGCUGAGAUAGCUGGCGCGGAAAGGGAUGGGACAGAAGCGGUAAAGGAGGGGGAGGAAGAAGAGUUGGUGAGGGGAAGAGCACGAGGGGGGACGAAGCGGAAGCGAGUGAAACGCAGUGCUGGGUGGAGUGGGAGGAAGAGGGUUAGGAGGGCGGUGAAGGGGCCUGAGGGUGAUGGGAAGAGGAAGCAGGCUGAGGAGGAGGAGAGGAGAGAGGACGAGGGGGAGGAAAGGAGAGAGGAGGAUGGAGAGGAGAGGAGGAGAGAGGAGGAGAGGGGAAUGAAAGUGCGUGUGGUAGGAGGUAUGGGAGAGGGAGAGGAGGGAGAGGAGGGAGGGGAGGGAGGAGAGCGGAGGGAGAGGGACAGGGAUGGGAGGGGAAGGUGGGUGCUGAUAAGGCUUGCAGCAUCGGAAGAGGUGAUUCGAGUGGGGAGGGGGGUAGAGGACGAGGACAGAGAGGUGGAUAUUGGUGGGAUGGGGGAUGAAGAUGAGGAGGGGCUGGGAGGGGCUGGGAGCGAGGGAGAGGAGGGGCAUGGAGUGGGUGUAGAGAGAUGCUCGGAACCGGACCAGCUGCUCAGCUUCGGCUCUGGCGAAGCUGAGUUGGAUCGGCUGGUGAAGUUUGGGUUUCCGAGAGCGCCACAGGGACAGCAACGGCGGCUGGCGGGAUUUGCUGAUCUGUUGAAGUGGAAUGGAGGGAGCGGUGGUGCGGAGGCGAUGGAGGAAGGUAGAGGGGUUAGGUGCGGUGCGGAGGAGGGGGUGUGGCGGCAGUGGGUUGAGAGGUGGAAGGAGGGGAGAGGGGAUGGGAGCAGCAGAGCGGGGGAGAGGAUGGUUGGGACGAGGGUGGGAGGAGAAGGGAUGGGAGGAGAAGAGGUGGGGGGAGAGCGGGUGGGAGGAGACGAGGCAGAAGGAGCAGAGACAGGAGGGGUAGAGGCAGGAGGGGUAGAGGCAGGAGGGGUAGAGGCAGGAGGGGUAGAGGCAGGAGGGGUAGAGGCAGGAGGGGUAGAGGCAGGAGGGGUAGAGGCAGGAGGGGUAGAGGCAGGAGGGGUAGAGGCAGGAGGGGUAGAGGCAGGAGGGGUAGAGGCAGGAGGGGUAGAGGCAGGAGGGGUAGAGGCAGGAGGGGUAGAGGCAGGAGGGGUAGAGGCAGGAGGGGUAGAGGCAGGAGGGGUAGAGGCAGGAGGGGUAGAGGCAGGAGGAUUUACAAAGAAGGGAGGGGAGGAGGUGGAACAGGAGGAGGGUGAUGAUAUGAAGAGUGAAGAGGAAGGAAGUAGUGAGGACAGGAGUAAGAUGGAAGAUGAGGGUUUCAUGGAGGGGGGUGAAAUAUCUCCUGGUUGGAAAAGGGAGGCUGAAAUCAAUCCUGUGAAGGAGCAAGGCUGUGAAGGCAGGCUUGAGGGUGGGCGUGGGGAUGGGGAUGGGGAUGGGGGUGGGCAUAUGAUUGGCUACGAGAUUGGGUAUGGUAUUGGGCGUGAGAUUGGGUAUGAGAUAGGGUAUGGGAUAGGGUAUGGGAUAGGGCACGAGGUGAGGAGUUUGGGUGAGGGAGAGGAGGCGGAAGAGGUGGAGAGGAGGGGGGAAGAGGUGGAGCGGAAGGGGGAAGAGGUGGAGCGGAAGGGGGAAGAGGUGGAGCGGAAGGGGGAAGAGGUGGAGCGGAAGGGGGAAGAGGUGGAGCGGAAGGGGGAAGAGGUGGAGCGGAAGGGGGAAGAGGUGGAGCGGAAGGGGGAAGAGGUGGAGCGGAAGGGGGAAGAGGUGGAGCGGAAGGGGGAAGAGGUGGAGCGGAAGGGGGAAGAGGUGGAGCGGAAGGGGGAAGAGGUGGAGAGGGGAGGGAGCGGGAUAGAUAACCGGGCUUCACAUGGGCGUGAGAUGGAGGGGAGAGAGAGAGAAGAGGUGGAGAAGCAAGAUGGGGAGGGGGAGUCAGAAGAGGGUAACAGGAAGGAAGAAGAGCAGGAGAAGGAAGCCGAGGAGAGUAAGAAAGUAUGUUUUUUGAGAAUUCUCAAAAAACAUACGCUAGAAGAGCAGGAGAAGGAAGCCGAGGAGAGUAAGAAGCCAGCAGAGCUGGGGAAGGAAGCCGAGGAGAGUAAGAAGCCAGCAGAGCUGGGGAAGGAGGCAGACAAGAGCAAGGGAGGUGAGGAGAGGAGGGUGGAUGUUCGUGAGGGCGAGGAAGAGAAGGAUGAGAGAGUAGAGGCUAGGGAAGAGGAGAGAGAUGAAAGGGGAGAGGCAAGGGAAGAGGAGAAGGAUGAGAGAGUAGAGGCUAGGGAAGAGGAGCAAGAUGAGGAAGGAAGAGACGAAGAGGGGAGAGCUGCUGGUGGUGACAGGGACGGGGCUAGAGAGAGCAAGGAGUUGAAUGAAGAGGGUGAGGAGGGCAAGGGGGUGGGUGAAGGGGGUGAGGAGGGCAAGGGGGUGGGUGAAGGGGGUGAGGAGGGCAAGGAGUUGGGUGAAGGGGGUGAGGAGGGCAAGGCGACGAACCCAGAAGGUGAGGAGGGAAUGGAGUUGAAUGAAGGGGGUGGGGGGGCCAAGGAGGUGAAUGACACGGGUGAGGAGAAAAGGGAGGUGAAUCUGGAAAGUGGGGAUGUGAAUGAAGGGGGUGAGGAUGGCAAGAUUAAGAAUGAAGGGGAUGAGGAGGCGAAAGAAAUUAACAUGGUGGAUAUAGCGGGUGAGGAGGGAAAGGAUUUUAAUGAAGGGGGUCGGGGGGGCAAGGAGGUGAAUGAAAUGAGCAUGGUGGAUAUAACAAGUGAGGAGGAGAAUGGAGGAGAGGAACAGGGGGGUAAAGACUGUGCUGGUGGUGGGAGAAGAAUAUACGGGAAAGGGAGAGAGGUCGAUUGGGGAGGGAGAGUGGAGAAGGAAGAAGAAGGUGAGGGGGGAAAAGGAGAAGAAAUGCAUGUUGUGGGGGAAGCAGAGGGGGAAGCAGAGGGGGAAGCAGAGGGGGAAGCAGAGGGGGAAGCAGAGGGGGAAGCAGAGGUGGAAGCAGCGGAGAGAGCAGCGGAGGAAGCAGCGGCGGAGAGAGCAGCGGAGGAAGCAGUGGAGGAAGCCGUGGAGGAAGCAGCGGAGGAAGCAGCAGAGGAAGCAGCGGAGAAAGCAGCGGAGGAAGCAGUGGAGGAAGCCGUGGAGGAAGCAGCGGAGGAAGCAGCGGAGGAAGCAGUGGAGGAAGCAGUGGAGGAAGCAGUGGAGGAAGCAGUGGAUGAAGCAGCGGAGGAAGCAGCGGAGGAAGCAACGGAGGAAGCAGUGGAGGAAGCAGUGGAGGAAGCAGUGGAGGAAGCAGUGGAGGAAGCAGUGGAGGAAGCAGCAGAGGAAGCAGCGGAGGAAGCAGCGGAGGAAGCAGCGGAGGAAGCCGUGGAGGAAGCAGCAGAGGAAGCAGCGGAGGAAGCAGUGGAGGAAGCAGUGGAGGAAGCAGUGGAGGAAGCAGUGGAGGAAGCAGCGGAGGAAGCAGUGGAGGAAGCCGUGGAGGAAGCAGUGGAGGAAGCAGCGGAGGAAGCAGCGGAGGAAGCAGCGGAGGAAGCAGCGGAGGAAGCAGCGGAGGAAGCAGCGGAGGAAGCAGCGGAGGAAGCAGUGGGGGAAGCAUCCGCCUGCUGCCUUGGCCUUGGAACACCGCUCUCCCCUUCCUCUGCCCCUGUUGGUCCCUCCUUCUUCCCGCCCUCUGCCCCUGUCUGCCCCUUCUUCCCGCCCUCUGCCCCUGUCUGCCCCUUCUCCCCGCCCUCUGCCCCUGUCUGCCCCUUCUCCCCGCCCUCGCCUCCUGGUGCUCCCCUCACUCCAGUGAAGUCCGAACCUGUCCCUUCUGCCCCUCACUCUCCUGCUCUGCUGCCCACUCCAUCAACCGCAACCGCUGCUGCUCCAAAGGAGGACAGUCACACUGUGACUGAAGAACGGGUGACAGCAGCGAAGGUCGAGCCACCUGCUGUGACUGCAGGCAUUGAACCUGCCUCUGUGACUAUAAGGGAUGAGAAGGACGAGCCUGCUGGUGUGGCUGCAGUCCUUGAACCCUCUGCUGUGACUGUAAAGAGAGAGAUCUCCGAGCCUGCCACUCUGACUGCUGACCGUGACCCCAUCAAUGUGACUGUAGAGGGUGAAAAGGAUGAGCUGCCUGCUGUGACUGUACAGAGUGUGAUGGAUGAGGACAAUGAGAAGGAUGGAAAGGAUGAGAGGGAUGAACCUCCCGCGAUGACUGCAGGCCUUGAACCGGGCGCUGUGACUGUAAGCGAUGAGCUGCCUGCUGUGACUGAAAAGGAUGAGCCAGCUGCCGUGACUGUAGAGAGUGUGAUGGAUGAGGCCAAUGAGAAGGAUGACAACGAUAUGAAGGAUGAGAAGGAUGAGCCGCUUGCAGUGACUGCAGCCCUUGAACCGUCCACUGUGACUGUAAUGGAUGAGAAGGACGAGCCUGCUGCUGUGACUGUAAGGGAUGAGACGGAUGAGCCGCCUGCAGUGCCUGCAAGCCUUGAGCCCGCCUCUGUGAAUGUACAGGAUGGGACGGACGGGCUGCCUGCUGUGACUGAAAAGGAUGUGCCACCUGCUGUGACUGCAGAGGAUGUGAAGGCUGAGACCAUUGAAAAGGGCGAGCCUCCCGCUGUGUCUGCGGACUGUGAUCCCACUGCUGUGAAGGAUGAAAAGGAUGAAAAGGAUGAGAAGGAUGAGAAGGAUGAAAAGGAUGAGAAGGAUGAAAAGGAUGAGAAGGAUGAGAAGGAUGAAAAGGAUGAAAAGGAUGAGAAGGAUGAGAAGGAUGAGUCACCUGCUGUGACGGAUGAGCGCCCUCCUGUGGCUGUCAAGGAUGUGCCACCUGCAGUGCCUCUAAAGUUUGCACCCUCCCCUGUGGUUGUAAAGGAUGAAGCUGCUGACACCGAUAACACACCUCCACUACCUGCCGCACGUUGCCGGCCAUUUGCCGGGCGGCGCACGGUGGCCCACGGACUCAUAAUCAGAUCGGGCGUCUCAGCAACAAAGAAGGAGAAUCGCAACACUCUAACCACCGGCCAACCGGGCGGCGCACUGUGUCUUAUGCCCCCCCUUGGAGUUCACUCACCUGCCGAACCUUCCAGGCUGCCUGGGCUUUCCGUCGCGGCCCUGGAGGAUCGGAAGGACAAGGGUCGGAAGGAUGACUCACCUGGUGCUUAUGAUGCCCUGCAGCAGCAGCAGACUGCAUCCCCUGUGGUUCUUGCUGCUACCAGGGUUGCACAAGACCCUGGUGUUUCACCUGAGUCUCUGUUGCAACCUGGUGAUUUACCUGAGGGUCAGAUUCGCCAUGAAGAGCAGCCAGGCUGUCAGGAGAUUCCAGCAGAGGCAGCAGCUGAGGGAAGGACCGAUGGCGUGGCAGAAGGGGGUCCUGCCACAUCAGCAGCACCUGAUUCGAUCACACCUGCCAUGUCAGCGGAGCCCGACAAAUCGUCCAUGUCAGCAGAGCUUGGCAUGCCAUCCUCGUCAGCAGACCCAGUCGCUGCUGACAUGCCAGCAGAGCUGGUUGCUGCGUGCCUGGGAGCCAAUCGCGUGCUCCGAUCACGGAAAGCAGCGCCGCCAGCAGCAGCAGCAGCAGCAGCAGGAGGAGGAGGAGCAGCAGAAGCAGGAGGAGCAAGAGGAGUAAAGGCGACUGCAGGAGUGAAGUCAGAAGUAGGAUGCAAGGCAGGAGGAGAUGCAUUGAAGACACCACCACAACGGGGGUUGAAAGCAUCACCACAGGGCCUGACGUGGUCACAUGGAGUGAAGGGGAAUCAAGGCCUUGCUCGAUCACCCGCCCAAGCUAAGUCACAAGGGCGUAAAGGGGUGAGAGGUGUGAGAAAGGGGAGAGAGGGAACGGGGGAGAAGAGUGGAUUGGGGAAGAGAAAGGUUGGGAAGGCUAAGGGGAGAGGGAGGGGUGCUAAGAGGAGGCGAAAGGAUGACGAAAGUGAGGAGGAGGAGAGUGAGGAGGAGGAUGAGGAGGAUAGUGGGCAAGAGAGUGAGGAGGGAGGUGGAAGGGAAGAAACACAAGAGGAGCUCAGGGGGAGAAGGGCGGGAGGGUUGGCAAGGGGGUUGGAUGGAGGAGUGGGGAGGGAGGAGGAGGGAAGAGAGAAGAAGGUGAGGAGAGGGCGUGGUGGUAGCAAGGAGACACGUGAUUGGGAGGAGGAGGAGGAGGGAGAUGAAGGGAACAGGGAGAGUCACGGUGGUAACAAAAAGAUUGUGGGGCAGGAAUUGGGAGAAGGGGGAUUGGUGGGGCCGGAGUAUAUGUGGCGCGAUGGAGGGAAACAGUACCGGAGGAGAAAGCGGAGGUAA